CCAACAGCACUAUCACCAAUACCAUCACCACCACCUCCUCCAACAUCACUACCAUCAACAUCACUACCAUCAACAUCAUCACCACCACCAACAUAACUACCAUCAACAUCAUCAUCACCACCAACAUCACUACCAUCAACAUCAUCACCAGAACCAUCAGCACCAUCAGCAACACCACGGCCAGGUGAAUGGCGAGGUGGUGAGCAGCGGCGAUGAGUGGCCGUGUGGGUGGUCGUGAUGAGGUGGUGGACGAGGAGAGGGUGGUGAGACAGCUGAGCAGCGACGAGGAGCUGAUUGACGUGGCGGGGGCCGUGGUCUCCUUCAGUACCACGGACAACGACGACGACGAUGAGGAGAUCAUCGAUGGAGGGAUCACCAACGGCCCGUGCGUGUCAGGCUUCGGUGCGGGCCCCGCGGGCCUCCUGGAGGAGGCGAUCCCGGGCGUGGGGACUUACGCCGACUUCAACACCAUCGACUGGGUUCGUGAGAAGUCGCGCGACCGCGAGCGCCAUCGCAAGAUCACAAGCAGGAGGCGUGAGUCGGUGUGGAACUUUGUGAGGAGUGUUUUUGACGCGUGGUCCGGCUGGCUCGUCGUCACCCUCGUCGGGAUCUCCGCUGGCGCACUGGCUGGGUUGAUAGACAUCGUAUCCGACUGGCUGUCAGACGUCAAGGAGGGAGUCUGUGUGGGGGAGCUGUGGUACAACCGGGAGCAGUGCUGCUGGGACUCCAACGAGACGACGUUUGAAGAGAGGGACAGCUGCCCCAAGUGGCGAUCGUGGGCACAGCUCAUGCUGGGGGACGCCACGGGUCCUGGUGCAUACACGUUGGACUACACUCUCUAUGUGGUCCUCGCCGUGCUGCUCGCCGUGGCGGCCGUGAGCCUCGUGCGGACGUUCGCUCCCUACGCGUGUGGGUCGGGAAUACCCGAGAUCAAGACGAUCCUCAGCGGCUUCAUCAUCCGGGGAUACCUGGGCAAGUGGACGCUGCUGGUGAAGGUGGUGACGCUGGUGCUGGCCGUCUCCUCGGGCCUCAGCCUGGGCAAGGAGGGACCGCUGGUGCACGUCGCUUGCUGCUGCGGGAACAUCGCAUCACACGCAUUCCCCAAGUACCGUAGCAACGAGGCCAAGAGAAGAGAGGUUCUUUCCGCUGCGUCUGCUGCGGGGGUCUCCGUGGCGUUUGGAGCGCCCAUUGGGGGCGUUCUCUUCAGCCUCGAAGAGGUGAGCUACUACUUCCCGCUCAAGACGCUGUGGCGCUCGUUUUUCGCGGCCCUGGUGGCUGCGUUCGUGCUGCGCGCCAUCAACCCGUUCGGGGACAGCCGCCUGGUGCUCUUCUACGUCGAGUUCCACGCCCCGUGGUCGCUGCCCGAGCUGGCACCCUUCCUGGCCCUGGGCGCCUUCGGGGGCCUCUGGGGCGCCGCCUUCAUCCGCGCCAACAUCGCCUGGUGCCACCUGCGCCGCCGGGGCCCCGCGGGCCGGCUGGGCCGCCACCCGGCGCUCGAGGUGCUGGCUGUGGCGGCCGCGACGGCCGCGCUGGCCUUCCCCAACCCGUACACGCGCCGGGGCACCGGCCAGCUCAUCCGCGACCUCUUCCGGGACUGCGGGCCGCUGGAGGCCGCCGAGCUGUGCGACUACGCGACCGCGGCCGGGGGCCCCAACAGCACGGCCGGCGUGCCGGAGCGAGGGGCCGCCGGACCGGGGGUCUACGCGGCCCUGUGGAAGCUGGGCCUGGCGCUCGCCUUCAAGGUGGUGGUCACCGUCUUCACGUUCGGCAUGAAGGUGCCCUCGGGGCUGUUCAUUCCCAGCAUGGCCGUGGGGGCGAUCGCCGGCCGCAUGCUGGGCAUCGGCGUGGAGCAGCUGGUGCUGGCCCAGCCUGAGCUGUUCUCUGACUGGUGCCGGCCUGGCACCACUUGCGUCACCCCGGGCCUCUACGCCAUGGUGGGGGCAGCAGCCUGCCUCGGCGGCGUGACGCGCAUGACCGUGUCGCUGGUGGUCAUCAUGUUCGAGUUGACGGGCGGACUGGAGUACAUCGUGCCCCUCAUGGUGGCCGUGAUGACGAGCAAGUGGGUGGGCGACGCGUUCGGGCGCGAGGGCAUCUACGAUGCCCAUAUCCGGCUCAACGGCUACCCCUUCCUAGACGCCAAGGAGGAGUUCACGCACACCACGCUAGCCACGGACGUCAUGCGGCCUCGACGCACAGACCCCCCGCUCGCCCUGCUCACACAGGACGGGAUGACGGUGGACGAGGUGGAGACGAUGGUGAGGGAGACGACCUAUAACGGAUUUCCCGUCGUCGUUUGCGCCGAAUCUCAGAGACUCGUCGGCCUGGCGCUCCGCAGGGACCUCCUCAUCGCCAUCGAGAAUGCGAGGAAGCGUGACGAUGGUGUGGUGAGCCACUCCCCGGUCUACUUUGGGCUCCAUGCCCCAUCGCUCGCCCCAGACUCACCACCCCCCCUCAAGCUGCGCUCCAUCCUGGACCUGAGCCCCUUCACCGUGAACGAUCGCUCCCCCAUGGAGAUCGUGGUGGAUGUCUUCCGCAAGCUGGGGAUACGCCAGUGCCUCAUCACUCACAACGGGCGGCUCCUCGGCAUCAUAACCAAGAAGGAUGUGCUGCGCCACAUGGCGCAGAUGGCAAACCAAGACCCCGAGUCCAUCCUGUUCAACUGAGCUCGUGGGCGGAGUAGUCACCCUGGAGCGAACCUAGCGGGUGGGGCACCAAUCUCGCCCUGUGGGCGUGGGACACGUGACCCUCACGGAGCGGGCUCUCCACGUCCCCCCGUCUGCCUGUCUCCCGUGUCUCUGUUGGGUUUUCUGUCCCUUUGUCUUAUCGUUUCUCAGUGUCUCCAUGUCCCCGUGUGUUCUGUGUCCCCGUGUCUCCGUGUCUCCACUGUCUCCCACACCCUCUAUGUCUCCGUUAUGUCCCCGUGUCUCCGCUGUGUCUCUACACCCACGUGUCUCCGCUGUGUCUCUACACCCACGUGUCUCCGCUGUGUCUCCGUCAGUGACUCUGUUUACUUUGUUCCUGGGCUCUUUAACCGCCGUGCCGGCUCUCCGAGCCAGGACCACGCCACCAAACGUCUCUCUGCGCCUCGCGACCCGCCAGAGAACCGAGUUCCAUUCCCGCUCACGGCCACUCGUUGUGAUAGCGGCGAUUAUCUGCACAGCCGGUCCUGGGCCUCAUCCCCUAGGUCAACUCGGCCUCAAAAUAAAUACCCACUGUGGUGUGCAAUAAAUAUCGCCACUGGGGAGACAAAGGCGGCCGGGCGUGGUGCCGGCCACCCCACCCUCUCGUGUGCUACAGUGCCGGCCUUCAUAGGUUCCGCUUGCU